AAAGCACCAGCUUUCCCUAUUUUUUCAUUCUAAACGACCUUUUGUCUAUUUGAAUGUUCUAAAUUUAAGAAAAAGGUGUUGACAAUUUAUCUAAUGAUCAAGUUACUGGCAAAAAUAUAAGUGCACGCAGUUUAAUCCUUUGGACACUACGUUCUUUUUAUAAUAUUUUAGUUGUACUCACAAUUUCUGAUUAAUUUUAUUAAUCCAUGAUGAUUUAUUAUUUGUUUAUAAAUUAAAUUAUUUUGAAAAAAAAGUAUUUGGGCCGCGAAUUAGGCCCAUUGUCUAUGAGCCUCCGACCGGUAGACCGGCUCUACCAUCUCAUCCUCUAGACUGUCCAGCCAAAUCAUGCCACGUCAGUUAGUAUUAACCCGUUCUACGUGUACGGCGUACCCGAACCAUGGUUUUUUUUUAACUUCCCACUCUAACCGUGGUUAGAGACUCCGUUCUCUCCCUCCUCGCCUCCUCCUCCUCCUCCUCCUCCGCUCCCUCGCUUCAUCACCUUCACCUCUUCAACCCACUCGGCCAAAAAAAUCGGAGCUCUUUUAGGGUUUUGUGGGUUCUUAGAGGCGAUUCUGCUCGUUUUAUAUCUGAUUCAGUUUCAUCUUCUGCCCUAAAUCGUGAUGGAGAGUUCUAGUUAUGUCAUUGAAGAUGCUGGAGAGGGUAUGCAGCUUGACGGUAGCAGAGAUAACCGACAAGAGGUGGAGAAGGAGGACGGAGAAGAGGCGGAAAAGGAAAUCGAGACUUCCCUUGUUUUGAUCCGUCGGGCCGGAAUCAACAACUUGUUGGGGCAAGUUGUGAAUAGUGAGGAAGAGGCGUACAGGUUGUAUUGCGACUACGGCCAUCGCAUGGGUUUUAGCGUUCGGAAGGGUAAGCAGAACUACUUUGUGGGGACCAGAAAUAUCCGUACAAAAGAUUACUAUUGCUCAAAGGAAGGUGUUAGAUACGACGAGCUGCCUUCUGAUGUGAACGCUUGCCGGCCGGAUUAUAGAACUAAUUGCAAAGCCAUGGUCCGAUUUAGAGUUGAUGAGGAGGGGCGGUGGAAGGUGAUUCGGUUCGUGCCCGAGCAUAACCAUGAGUUGGCCAAACCAGAAGAAAGGCACUUGUUGAGAUCUGCAAGGCCGGUCGGCACAGCUAAGGCAGGGGUAGGAGAUCCAGCGGCGAAUGCUGGAACCCCAACAAGCAAUGUGCAGUCCUCUAAGGGUGAAGAAGGUACUGGAGCUAAAAAAGUUGAAGUAAAAAGGGGUUACGCUGGCGUGCCAAAGAUGACAUUGAUUGCGACGGAAGACUCUGAGAGCCUUGUAGGCCAUUUCAAGCGUAGAGCCAAUGAGGAGGGCAUGUUUUAUUGGGACGUGCAAGUGGAUCUGAGAGGUCGAAUGACUAAUUUUUUCUGGAGGGAUGGUCGGAGCAGAGAUGAUUAUGACUGCUUUGGUGAUGUUGUGGUAUUGGAUACCUCUUAUCGCACAAGCAAAUAUAACAUGAUAUGCGCAUCAUUUCUUGGGGUUAACCACCAUUGGCAGAACGUCAUGUUUGGAUGCGCAUUUUUGUUAGAUGAGACGAAAGCAUCCUUUGUGUGGAUGUUCAAGUCAUUCUUGGAAUCGAUGGGUGAUCGGGCUCCUAAAUCGAUCUUCAAAACUGAUCAAGAUCAAGCAAUUUCGGAAGCAAUUAAAGAAGUAUUUCCUAAUACAUCUCAUCGCCUUUGUUUGUGGACUAUUCAAAAGAAAGCACUUGCUCAUCUGGGCACUCUGAAUUCUUCUCGAACAUUUCAAAACCUGUUCAUGAGAUGUAUUCAGGAAUGUAAUUCAGAAACGGAGUUUGAGGAGGCAUGGGCUAAAAUGCUUUGCAAGUACAAUUUACAAGAUCACACAUGGAUUAAUAGCCUACACAAAAUCCGACAUAAGUGGAGCUCGGCUUUUAACAAAGAUGCUUUUGACGGCGGCAUUGAACUUCCACAGCGGGGUGAGAGCCUGAACAAUGUGUUGAAUGGUAUUGCAGACAAAUCAGCUUCUCUUACGGAGUUUAUUCUAGCAUUUGAGAAGUUAGUGGAAGAUUGGCGUAAAAAUGAAGCUGAGGAGGAUUAUCGUUCUAAUCGUCGGGAACCUUUGCGUGCAAUCAAGCAUAGCGAUAUUUUGAGGCACGCUGGACAAGUUUACACGCACAAACUCUACAAAGUAUUUGAGAAUGAGUUUCUCGAUGGAUGUGGAGCUACAUCGGUUGAAGAAACUCCAUGCGGUGGCACGUUAUAUAGGUUGGAGUUAAAGAUGCAGGGGAGGAGUUCAAAAGUCUGUAUCGUGGUACUCGACACAUCAACCAUGCUUGUCAAUUGUAGCUGUAAAAAGUUUGAGACGAUGGGCGUACUUUGUUCUCAUGCGCUAAAAGCCCUUAACCUCAAGAAUGCGGACAGGAUUCCUGAAAGAUACAUUUUGAAGCGGUGGACCAAAGAAGCUAAGAAAGGGUUGUAUAAGCCUAUCAACGAAGAUGAGCCAUCGCAAGAAGAGUGCAAAGAAGCUGAGCUUGCCUUUUGUUACCAUGCAAUGCGAUAUGCUUAUAAUCUUGUAAUGAAGAGCCAGUGGCACGAGGAAUCGAGAAAGUUGUUGUGGGAUGCUCUCGAAAGCGGAGAAGAAUCAGUCGAAAAGUUUAUCGAGCUCCAAAAAUUGCACGCACAUUUUCUUUAAAAGUUUGAAGAAGCCGACUAUGGCGAUUUAUAAACCAACGAACCAGCUCAAAGAGGAAGCACAGAAAUGGGAAGGGCAAGCAACAUACAGUAAAGGAGCUGGACCUGUACAAAAAUGUGGACUGGCAUUUGUUUCUAUUAUUGCAUUACUUCAAAAUUUUCGUUUUUGAAGCGUAGAUUUUCGGAACUAGAGGAUUAUGGUAAUAAUAUAUCAUGUAGCUUGAUGAGGUAGCUUGAGAGGAUCAAAUGUUGUUGCUUCUCGGUUGCGGCGUUGUGCCCUUCAUGUCACAGUGUAUGCUUCAAUACUCCCAGAACAGGAACAAUGUUUGCUAUUGUUCUUGGAGUUCACUUGGUAACCCUUGUUUAGUGGAUGGGGUGAUUAAUGUUGAAUUUAGGACGCGUUUGGUUUGCACUAUGAAAGAUUAUUUGGAGUAAAAUGAUAUUCGAGAAUUUUAUUCCUAUU